AUGUCCGCUUCCAAGCAAAGCUCGCCGAAACCGAGCGGUGCCGUGCCGACCUCCCCGACGGCAGGCAAGAAGAGCCGCGUACAGAAGCCGGAUGCUCUGAGAGCGGUUCGCAAGCAUGCCGAUGGUGACACAGAGGGAGAUCAUACUCCAACUACGGCCAACGUCGUCAGUCAGCAGGUCCUCGAAGAUGUGAUUGAUAGCGGCGCAGCUCUUCUUUAUCAAAGGCGAAUGGAUCGAAUGUGCUUUUCCUUUGCAGCGUAUUGUACCUGGAAAGUUCUGCUCUCAAACGUCAGAAUGUGCUGUAUAGAGUUUGAUCCAGGCGACAGUGAUACCGAUGCCUCGCUGUGGGCGUGCGGAGAAAUACCGGACCCCGCCCCCCUCGACACGUGGGCACCUGGGAGCUUAGCACUGAGAACACUGCCGGCUUCCAUUAUUCCAACCCAGAUUCCUAAGCGGAAUGCAAAAUCCAGCAUCAAAACCAUGGAAAAAGCAGAUGAUCAUCAUCCUACCAGAAGAUUCCUCUUGCCUCCUUGCUGGCUGCCACACGUCUCCGUGUGUUCAAAAGCUUCAGUGCCCGCUCAACGCUAA